AUGGCCAUUUUGAAGCGGGGUGCACGCUCCAAAGCUGUAGAACAACCUGCCAAAAGAUCUGGUCAAAUAAAGAAGGCAACUUUUGACGCUGGAAAGAAGAAAGAAGUCGGUGUUUCGGACUUAACUUUAUUGUCAACGAUAUCAGAUGAAGCCAUAAAUGAUAACUUAAAGAAACGUUUUCAGAACGGAAGCAUUUACACUUACAUUGGACAUGUGUUGAUCAGUGUGAAUCCAUUUCGAGAUCUUGGAAUUUACACGGAACAGGUUCUAAACAGUUAUAAGGGCAAAAAUAGAUUAGAAGUUCCACCACACGUUUUCGCGAUUGCCGAGUCUAUGUAUUACAACAUGAAAGCUUACAACGAGAACCAGUGUGUGAUCAUAUCCGGAGAAUCUGGUGCCGGGAAAACGGAAGCAGCGAAACGUAUAAUGCAAUAUAUUGCCGCAGCGUCAGAAACGCAUUCAGACUCGAUUGGCAAAAUUAAAGACAUGGUUCUUGCGACAAAUCCACUGUUAGAAUCGUUUGGUUGCGCCAAGACUUUGAGAAAUAAUAACUCUUCGAGACACGGGAAAUACCUGGAGAUCAGAUUUAACGCACAAUUUGAACCCUGUGCCGGUAAUAUCACCAAUUAUCUUUUAGAAAAGCAAAGAGUCGUGAGUCAGAUCAAAAACGAACGGAAUUUCCAUAUUUUUUACCAGUUCACUAAGGGCGCUUCCGACAGUUAUAGACAGACUUUUGGAGUUCAGAAACCUGAACAAUACAUCUAUACCUCUGCAGCAGGUUGUACCUCCGUUGAAACGAUCGAUGAUCUGAAGGACUUCGCCGAUACCAUCAAAGCCAUGGAAGUUAUUGGGAUUUCGCAAGAAGAGCAAGAUCAGAUUUUUAGAUUACUUGCGGCGAUCCUUUGGAUAGGUAACGUAACGUUUGUCGAAAACGACGAAGGCAAUUCACAAAUUAGAGACACUUCCGUCACAGAUUUCGUUGCUUACUUGCUGCAGGUUGAUUCCCAGUUAUUAAUAAAGUCCUUGGUGGAGAGAGUAAUUGAGACCAACCACGGUAUGAGAAGAGGAUCCGUCUAUCACGUACCUUUGAAUGUCGUACAAGCAACUGCUGUGAGAGAUGCUUUGGCCAAAGCUAUAUACAGCAACUUAUUUGACUGGGUCGUCCAAAGGGUAAAUGUGUCUUUGCAAGCUUUUGCAGGAGCAGACAAAUCUAUCGGUAUCCUGGAUAUUUACGGGUUCGAAAUUUUCGAGCACAACUCCUUCGAGCAAAUAUGCAUCAAUUAUGUCAACGAGAAACUACAACAGAUUUUCAUCCAGCUCACUUUGAAAUCCGAGCAAGAAGAAUAUGCAAGGGAACAGAUUCAAUGGACUCCCAUCAAAUAUUUUGACAACAAAGUUGUUUGCGAAUUGAUAGAGGCCAAGAGGCCACCCGGUAUUAUAGCCGCGUUGAACGAUUCGGUGGCAACCGCGCAUGCCGACUCCAAUGCAGCUGAUCAAGCAUUCGCUCAAAGACUAAACUUGUUCUCGACAAAUCCUCAUUUCGACUUGCGCUCUAAUAAAUUCGUCAUUAAGCAUUACGCGGGAGACGUGAUGUACGAUAUUGAUGGUAUGACCGACAAGAACAAAGACCAAUUACAAAAGGAUUUAGUAGAGCUUAUAGGAACAACUUCUAACGGUUUCUUGAACUCUAUUUUCCCAACUGAAAUCGACAAGGAUUCCAAAAGGAGACCGCCCUCAGCAGGCGACAAGAUUGUGAAAAGUGCCAAUGAGCUUGUUGAUACUUUGUCAAAGGCGCGUCCUUCCUACAUUAGAACAAUAAAGCCAAACCAAACCAAAUCGCCUCAAGACUAUGACGACAAGCAAGUCUUGCAUCAGGUCAAAUACCUCGGUCUGCAGGAAAAUGUUCGAAUUAGAAGAGCCGGUUUUGCCUACAGACAGACGUUUGACAAGUUUGUGGAGAGAUUUUAUUUACUUUCACCCCGUUGUUCAUAUGCUGGAGACUACACGUGGCAAGGUGAUACUCUCGAGGCUGUCAAAAUGAUUCUCAAAGAUGCAUCUAUCCCAACAGCUGAGUAUCAGCUUGGCGUGAGUAAAGUCUUCAUUAAGACGCCGGAAACUUUGUUUGCCUUAGAGCACAUGCGCGACAAAUUCUGGUACAACAUGGCUGCAAGGAUUCAAAGGGCCUGGAGAAGGUUUUUGCAAAGAAGAAUUGAUGCAGCUUGUCGCAUUCAAAGAACUAUCCGGGAAAGAAAGGGUGGAAACAAAUACGAGAAGUUGCGCGAUUAUGGUGCUAAAGUUCUCGGAAAUAGAAAGGAGCGGCGUGCUAUGUCUUUGCUGGGUUACCGCGCUUUUAUGGGUGACUAUCUUUCGUGCAACGAGCGCAAGUCGAAAGGUGCAUUCUUGAAGAAACAGGCUGGCAUCAACGAACGUGUCGUUUUCUCCAUACAUGGGGAAGCACUCCAUUCGAAAUUUGGCCGAUCAGCCUUGAGACUGAAGAAGACUUUUAUACUGACUUCUUCAACCCUCUAUGUCAUUGGUCAGAAUUUAGUCCAAAACAAAUUAACUUACAGCGUUGAUCAUAAAGUGAACGUGAAGCAAAUUAAGUUUGUAAGUUUGACAAAUCUUCAAGACGAUUGGCUUGGAAUUUUCGUCGCCAAUUCCACACUGCCAGAUCCCUUGAUUAACACUUCUUUCAAAACGGAGCUCAUAACUCAUUUGAAGAAACUUAACAGUGGCAUCGAAGUAAAGGUCGGUCCUGAAAUUGAGUAUCAGAAAAAGCCUGGGAAAGUGCACAGGGUUAAAGGCCAGAUAAGCGAGUCAGCUCCAAAGUAUGGCGAUAUUUACAAAUCAAGCACAAUCUCAGUUCGUAGGGGCCGUCCAGCAAAUUCUAAAUCCAAUCCAAAACCUCGGAAGAAGAGUUUUUUUAGUGACACAUCUUCACCAGUUAGCAGUCGCCCAUUAAGCAAUACUGUGAAUAGCGUCCAACCUUCAGCUGCGGCUCGCACAGUUUCACCUCAGCAAGUAGCACAGAAAAAGCGUGCGCCACCAGUCCCCAUGAAGAAGAGGAGUCCAAACCAACCUGAAGCUAAUCAUGCUAGUAGUAUAGCUGCGCAUGCUGCCCAGGCAGCCUACCAUCCAUCGGUGACUGCCAAUACACACCAGAAUCCAGCAGUAUCGAAUGCAGUGCCUGUUCAGCAAAGCCCAACAGCUACGAUGACGCAGACCCCCGCUAAAUCCAACGGCUCCAAAGCUGCUCCGCCUCCUCCUCCGCCUCCACCUCCUCCUGCGACGAAACCCUCAGAGCCAAAAUUUGUAGCUGCAUAUGAUUUCCCUGGAUCUGGUGCUGCCUCUGAGCUUCCUCUAAAAAAAGGUGAUGUCGUUCAUAUAUCUAGAGAUGAGCCCAGCGGGUGGUCUUUGGGCAAAACGUUAGACGGCACUAGGGAAGGGUGGGUACCUACGGCUUAUAUUACCAAGUACACGGGUGAUACUGUUAAUUCGACACCGUUACCGGCCUCGACAUCCUCUAGCACCACUGCAAUGAACUCUGUCGGGCCAAGCGCGGAAGGCUUCACCAACGGUCUCGCGUCUGCUCUUGCGGCUAGGGCAAACAAAGUAAGACUCGACAGCGAUGAUGAAAAAGAUGAUGUCUCUGAAGAAGAUGAUUGGUAG